CUGUGGACGGCGUUGUCUCUUUACUAUAGCAAAUUAAUAAUAUUUUGAUUAAUAUAGCUACAAUAACAUUAUGCUCUCGUUGUAAACGAAGUAAUUAUGUUCGCAAGUGAUAAAAUUUGAAGCGGUUGAUGUUUUCAUAGUUUGUUUCCUCGUGACAUUGUCGCAAUGCCUCAUGAAAUAGUUUAUCCUCAGGGCUGUCGGCCCAUCAAUGAAGAGCUGGGUUCAGAUGAACUCAUUCGCCGUCUUAAGACGCUUGCCCACACGCUCCAAGCGAUGGGCCAAGACGAGGGAAUGUACCAGCAGUAUAUACCUCUGGCAUUACAUCUAGCUGAGGAACACUUUUUGAUGCAUCAAAGUAAAGAUGUACAACUUCUCAUAGCGUGUUGCAUAGCUGACGUUCUCCGAGUUUACGCUCCGGAAGCUCCUUACAAGGAUCCUGAACAAGUCAAGUCGAUAUUCAUGUUUCUGAUCAAGCAGUUAAAUGGCUUGAGAGAUCCCAAGGAUCCAGCCUUCAAGAGAUAUUUUUAUUUGUUAGAAAAUCUCGCGUAUGUCAAGUCUUUUAAUAUGUGCUUUGAUUUGGAAGAUUGCCAAGAAAUAUUUUGUCACCUGUUUGCACUGAUGCUGAAGAUUGUCAACGAUGAACAUUCAAGUAAAGUGAAGAGUUUUAUGCUUGAUGUUUUGGUCCCGUUGAUCACAGAGUCAGAUAUUGUCAGCAAUGAACUGCUGGAUAUUAUUUUGAUGAACAUUGUCGAGCCUAACAAAACAUCUCGGAAAAACGCCUAUCACCUAGCCAAAGAACUCAUCAAUAAGUGCAGUGAUACUUUGGAACCGUACAUCAACGCCUUUUUCAACCAAGUGCUGAUUCUGGGCAAGGAGGAGAAAGGUUUGUCAAUCUGCAACAAAGUGUACGACCUGAUAUACGAGCUCAACAAGAUCUGUCCGAGUGUUCUGCUGGCCGUGCUGCCGCAGCUCGAGUGUAAACUGAAGUCCAACCAGGAGCAAGAGCGGCUGGGAGCUGUAGCGUUGCUCGCUCGUAUGUUCAGCGAGAAGGAGUCCGUACUGGCCAGGAACCACCAUCAACUGUGGCGUGCGUUUUUGGGAAGAUUCAAUGAUAUCAGUGUCACCAUUAGAAUAAAAUGUGUCCAGUACUCGAUGCACUUUUUGAUUAAUCACCCUGAACUGAGAAAAGAUAUCGUGGAAACAUUGAAACUAAGACAACACGAUUCAGACGAAAAUGUCCGGUACGAAGUUGUGGCAGCCAUCGUAUCAACUGCAAAAAAAGAUUUUGAAAUUGUGUCUCAGAGUGAAGAUUUGUUGGAUUUUGUAAAAGAACGUACUUUGGACAAGAAGUUCAAAAUUAGAAAGGAAGCUAUGACCGGUCUCUCCUUAAUAUACAAAAAGCAUUUGUCUGAUUCUGAUGUUCCGCAAGCAACUAAAAAGGCUGUCCUCUGGAUUAAGGAUAAAAUUUUGAAGGGAUAUUACAUGCAGGGCAUGGAAGAUAGGCUGCUGGUUGAAAGAUUGCUGAAUACUUCGUUAGUUCCUUACACCCUUCCACCUGAGGAGAGGAUGAAAAAGUUGUACCACUUGGUUGGCACGAUUGAUGAUCAUGCAACUAAGGCAUUUGUAGAACUGCAAAAAAGUCAACUGACAGUGCGUAAGAGUGUGGGUGAGUGGCUGGAGAUUCACAGGCGACCACCAAGUAUGGAGAGAGAAAAGGAUAUAGGAGCACGACUUAUCCAAAUAUCUCGGUUCCUCCCAGACCCAUUAAAGGCUCAGGAAUUCCUUGUCAGGUUUUCCAAAAAUAUGAUGAAGGACCCAAGUUUAUUGCUCGGCAUGGAAGCGUUGGUUCGCCCUGACAUGUCUUGUAAAGACUGCACCCACACCACCAGUCUGGUGUUGAAGAAGCUAGGCCAGCCUGUCCAGACCAACUUGUACUACACUACUGUCAAGAUGUUGCUGGAGAGGAUCUCGUCAGUGAUGGUGGACUCAAUCGCCAUCAGAGCUCUGAUUGGUUUUGUGGAAGACUGCUUGAAAGGUGGAAAUCUGAUUGAAGAAAUAGGACUUCAUCCUAACAAUGCUGGUGAACGAGGCCUUAGACUACUUGUGAUGCUUUCAUACAUUUUCCCCCAUCAUUUUCUACAUGAAGACAUAAUUCAGCAUUUAAUAAGACUGUUAAGCAUGGAAGAGGAUUAUAUUGCCCCACUGGUUCUGACGGUGCUGACCUUCCUGGGGAAAUACAAGCGGCUUGAUGACGUGGUCCCCAAUGAAAUAAAUCAACUGAUUCCCAUUUGUAAGAGGUUUGUGGAGACUGGAACUCCCAAGCAAGCGAAACAUGCGAUAAGAUGUUUAUUCAAAAAUGUUUCAAACAAUGUUGAAGGGCUGUUUUCUGAAAUGCUAGAGAAAGUAAAGGAGAACCUAACACCUACUUCACCAAACUACAGGACAGCAAUUGUAGCACUCGGUCACAUUGCCUAUAACCUGCCAGACCACUACCCUGUUCACAUCAAAAACUUGGUAUCUAGAAAGAUUGUGAAGGAGCUGCUGGUGAAGGAGAGUGACGGAGGAGGCCAAAACAAUGAUGAUGAUUGGUGUGAGGAAGACCAGCUACCAGAGGAGACUAGGUGCAAGAUUGAAGGCCUGAAAGCUAUGGCAAGAUGGCUACUGGGUUUGAAGAAUGACAAGAUGUCUGCACAGAAAACCUUCAGAAUGCUUGCAGCCUUCAUGACCAACAAAGGAGACCUUCUGCAGUCUGGCAAGCUUAGCAAAGCUGAGAUGUCGUGGCUGAGGCUGGCUGCAGGUUGUGCCAUGUUGAAGAUCUGUGAACAGAAAGGUGUAGGAGACCAGUUCUCUCCUGAACAGUUCUACAUCCUGUCUCACCUUAUGAUUGAUGAGGUACCCCAAGUCAGGGAAACAAUGAUGAUAAAGUUGCAUAAAGGGCUAGGACGAGGUUUACCCAACAAGUGCCUGCCGUUGGACUUCAUGGGGUUCUACGUCUUGUCUGGUUUUGAACAAGACAAACGACUCCGAUCGGCCGCCAAAAGUUUUAUGUUCCUCGACAUUAACAAGAGGAGAGAGUACGCCAAGACUCUUACAAUGGGCUCUUCUGCUUGCAGUAUAGAUAAAGCGAUGAGCCAGCUGCCUCACAUUCUACCAGACUACAUGUUGGUGUUUGCCUUGCCCAUCCUGGUCCACUGCCCUCUCUACACCAGUCACGAGGACGUAGAAGAGCUCACCAGGCUACGGACAGUGUUGUGGUUUAUACUGGAGCCUCUCAUACAGAAGAAUGACUCGUACUGCUACGGCUUCUAUAAGGAGCUCAUUGACAAAAUGAAGAACCUCAAUGAUGCCGUCAAGCCUGAGGAUAACAAUGUCAAUUGUAAACUCUGGGCCUUAUGUGAUUUGUCCAUGGACUUAUUGGCUCAAAAAACCGUGAACUUUGAGUUUAAAGAUUUCCCUGCAGAGGCGAGAAUAUCACCUAUGUACUUCAAGAAAAACGAAGAUCCAAACUUUGUCAACACCAAGGUCUACAUUCCUCCAGAGCUAAUGAUGAGCGGCAACGGAAGGAAAGGAUUGACCAAUGCGAGUGUACACAUGUCAACGACAGAGCGGCCAGUGAGGAAAACCACCAGAGGUCGCAAACCUCCGCCAGAGCCUUCAGACACCAACGAGCACGAUGUCAAGCUGCUUAACGAGGAGGAGGAAGUUGUGUCUACCUUAAGUCAACCUAUUGAUGCAUUGCCUGCUUCUGCAUCCGACUCAAGAAUACACCUACCACAUAUGGAAGUAGAUUCGGACGAUCAAGAGGAGAGGGAGCCCCCGCCUAAGCGAGGUCGUCUCGCUAAAUUAGAGAAAGCAGAGUGAUAACACCUGAUUCUGAAUGGUACAAAGUGAUAAGAGGACACUCUGUGAGUGAAACAACUGUGUAAGCGGUUCCUGGAAAAACAAACUAUCACCAAAGAACACUUGGAAACAUUUGUCUGCUAAAGCCAAAAGAGGUACUUUUCAUCAAGGUUUGCAGUUUGCAAGUGGUUUUAAUAUUUUGUCAUUUUAUUCGUGACUUAAGUUGAACGUUGGGUACGAAUUGUUAGAAACAUAAAACCAAAAUCUAUAGUAGUUUUAUCAUGAUAAUUUAAUUAUAGAAAAGUUGUUGACACAAAUAUUUAAUUAUCGACGGUUUAAUGGAAAUUCUCGAACAUAAUAAUGAUUUAAGCACGUUGAUUUGAGAACAUAUUGUUAAUAUAUUUUCACAGUAAAAAGGAAUUGAAUUCUCAUAAUAUUGGUUAGUAAUGAACUAUUUUUAUUUUGUCAUAUCACAAUGUUUUUACAUAAUCUAUUAGGAGACUAGUCCUAAGAAUUUGAGCAUAAAUUACCUGGUAUUUAUUUCAUAUGUAGAGUCAAAGUUAACAUAACAACAGUGAAACUACACGAUUAAUUUAAAUAACUAUAAACUGAAUUGUUUUAAUGA